AUGCGCGCCUAUGCGUAUGGGCUCUUCGUGACUGACUACUUCACUCGCACACCACGCAAGCUCAGUCCCUUCCGCUCCUUUGCCAGUAUCGAGCUCUUCCACUUCCAUAUCCCUGAGGACACAGUCAUUGCUGUCUGGAACCUUAUCACUUUCAAGGAGCAGGGUGGCACUUUUGGGGAUCAAUGUCCAGACCGUAGCAUCACCGUGUAUUUUCGCUCAGGGGCUCCCUCCGUCAUUAACCCACUGCACACGCACUUCCCCAGGGACACAGCUGUCCCUGGCUCUUUCGCACUGACCCUGACUUGGACCCUGCCCAACCGCACCACAGGGGUGUUCAAUGUCACCAGCCCGCUGCCUGGGGAUUGGUUCCUGGCUGCCCACCUGCCCAAAGAUGAGGGCAAGAUCUCUGUCAAGGGGCUCUAUGAGGAGUGCCAGUACCUCUUCCAGCCACAGCUCAUUGUGCAACGCCUGGUGAACAUUGCUGUGCUGUACCCUGGUUAUGCCACUGAGCAGAUCAUGGCCCCCCACAACCGCUCCUGCCUCUACAAGGUGUUUGUGCCAAGCUACACAUCACGAGUGCUGGUGGAGGUGCUACAGUGCCGUGGGGCCGAGAGCUGCCCACUCUGGCUACGUGUGCGGGCAAAGGCUCCCCCCUUGCACAACUCCACAGCGCUGGACUGCCGAGAGCAUGCUCCCUGCCAGCUGGAGCUGGACCUGCCCUUCUGGCAGCACUGGUACUAUGUUCUGGUGGAGAAACACCCCGGGGUGCCUGGCACUGUGUCCUUCCAGGUCAUCGUGCAGCUCACAGAUUGCUCCCGACCCAGCCUGGCCCGGCCACCCUUCCUGCCCUCCAGUGCCUCCAUGAACAUGCCUCACUCCUUCGGCUCCGCGGGUGGGCUGGCACUGGGGGACAGCCCACCACCCAGCAGCCCCAAUGGCACGAAGCACUCCGUUCCCAUCUCUGCUACUGCACCUGAUGGCGAGCGGUGCUGGCCAGUCCGCCCCACGCUGCGCAAUGAGCUGGACACCUUCUCUGUCCACUUCUACAUCUUCUUUGGGCCUAAUGUGUCAGUGCCACCCGACCGUCCUGCUGUCUUCGUCAUCAACCUCCUACCAGUGCUGGACAGUGGUGGGGUGCUCAACCUAGAGCUACGGCUCAAUGUGAGCUCCCUGGGUGGUGAGAACGUGACAGUGUUCGGGUGUCUGAACCAUGAAGUCCCGCUGACGUCCAGUGACAAUGCAUCGGUCACCUGCGAGACAGAGUCCUUGGCAGGCUUCCUGAUCUCCGUCAACGCCACAGCCAGCCUCAGCCGCCUGCGGAUCCCCUACCCCCAGACAGGCAGCUGGUACCUCAGCCUGCGCUCUCUCUGUGCCACAGAGCACGGUUUUGAGCCCUGCACCAACGUGACGGCUGAGGUGUACCUGCGUGCCUACAGCGGCAUCUAUGGCCAAUGCAAGCUGCUGCGCACCAACAACUACCUGUAUGCUGCCUGCGAGUGCAAAGCUGGCUGGAACGGCUGGGGUUGCACAGACAAUGCCGAGGCUUUCUCCUAUGGCUUCCAGCUCCUCUCCACGCUGCUGCUGUGCCUCAGCAAUGUCAUGUUUGUGCCUCCCGUGGCCAUCGCUAUCCGCAGCCACUACCUCCUGGAAGCUGCCAUCUACAUCUUCACCAUGUUCUUCUCCACUUUUUACCAUGCCUGUGACCAGCCAGGUAUCGUGGUUUUCUGUAUAAUGGACCGCCGCCAGCCUGUGGUCAAGCAGGUGCUGUACCUGCUGGGGGCCAUGCUGCUCUCCAUGGCUCUGCAGAUGGACCGUCACGGGCUCUGGAACCUGCUAGGGCCCAGUCUCUUCGCCUUAGGGAUCAUGGCUAUCGCCUGGGGUGCGCAGCUGGUGUGGGACAAGGGAUGGUCCACUAUGGACCAUUAUUACUAUUACUAUUACUACGGGUAA